AUGGGUUGGCCGGAGAGCAAUGACUCCAAGUACCUCUGGCGUGAGGGCGGUGAGCUUGCGCACCAGGCAUACGCGAACGUGGCCAAGGCCAUCUCGCAGUUUGAGCAGCUGUUCAUGAUCGCCAACCCGGGCAAGCCGGCUGCCAAUGCGCGCCGCGUCUUAAGCGACAGCCCCAACGUGACUGUCGAGGAGAUACCCAUCAACGACGGCUGGACCCGCGACUGGGGCCCCUCCUGCUUUGCGCGUGACGUGGACGGCCACCGCGGGGUUGCGGGAGUGCACUGGGACUACGACUGCCACGGCGCCCCCAACAAGAUCGCGCAGGGCCGCCCUGCUAUGAUGCCCAACUGGGACAAGAACGUUGCGGCCGGCCGCGCUCUGCUGACCACCAACGGGCUGCCGGUGUUCAAGGCACCUUUGCACCUGGAGGGCGGGUCGAUUCACAGCGAUGGGACGGGCACAAUGGUGGUCACCGAGGAGUGCCUGCUCGACCCCAGCCGCAACCCCCACCUGGACAAGGCCGGCAUUGAGAACAUCCUGAAGGAGUACCUGGGCCUGGAGAAGAUCAUCUGGCUGUGGCGCGGCAUGGAGGGCGACACCGAGGUCGUCAACGGCCACGUGGACAACUUGUGCUGCUUCAUCCGCCAGGGCCACGACGCCCUGGCCUGGAGCGACAACGUGGACGACCCUCGGACGGCGUAUGGGGAUAACGCAAGCAACAGCACCAUUUCCGCAAGCAGCAGCACCACAAACUACUUUGCUCCACACUGGGGAGCCAGCUUCCAAGCCACGAAUUACCCUCUCAACAAUGGCGAAUGGGCGCCAAGCAGCGCUCCUGCCAACAGCAGCGCCAUCUUCUACAUGGACACAUCCAACGAACUCAAGUACACAGUGAGGCUGCAGGCGCCCUUGCAGCCAGGGGAUGCAGUAACGAGCGUGGUCCUGGCGGGCUCAUACUCAAAUGACACUGGGGACCGCCCAGUCCUUGCAUACCUGUUCGGGCCCGAUGCAAGCCUGCAAGCACCAGCGGCAGUGGCUGACGGCUCAUCGCCGUGGGAGCUUGCCAGUGGCCUCUUGUACCCGGAGGACAUCCUGGACGAGUCGCCAUACCUUUUCAUAGAAAUCCCUGGGCGCUUGACCGGCAGCUACAGCGGCUACAAUGUUGACCCCCUCUUUGUCAUUGUGAACACACUCCAAACAAAGGAGGCAUUCAUUGCCGGGGUUGAGAACGGCCUGAAGCCUCUGAAUGUAGCAGCUCUGAAGUUUGUGGACCAGGACACGAGCAUAUUCAGGGACGCCAAUGCUAACGUCACCUCGUCAAGCGGUGUCACCGCAUCUGGCGGGAACGUGGUCACGAGCAGGGACCACGCGGAUGCAGCUUCGCCGGCGGCCGCUCCUGCCGCCGCAGCCGGCCCGGCCGGCGCGGCGUCAGCCGUGGUGGGCUAUGGGACCUCGACCUUCCACGUGGACCUGACGGCCUCGCCAGGCGUCUCCACCAACGCGACCGGGGUUGUGUACAUCAACGUCAACCCUCAAGAGAACAGCUUACACUACAGGAUCUUCCUGAGGGACCUCACGCCGUACGCGCUGGUGCGCAACAUCAGCUGGAUAGCCACUGACCAGGGCGGCCCCCGCGUGAUCAUGACCAAGAAGUUUGGCCUGCGCAACGGCCCCAACCCCAGCGGCGGCCUGGGAGUGCCCCCCGACGGCAAAAUCUUUGCCCUCACCACGGGCAAUAUCCCUGAUGAGAAUCUGCUGGGUGGCCUGGGCACAGACGACCUGGAGAUGUACCGAUACAAGAACAUUGCACGCGCCCUGCGCUACAACGCACUCGUCGUGCGCCUCAACAGCGUGGUGCACCCUGAGGGCCUCCUGGAAGGCACCUCGCGCAUCGGCCCUGCCUCCUCGGACUGGCCAGCCCCCAGCCUGUGAUCAGAGUGUAUCUGUCCACAAACACCGCCCUUCCACCGACUGGCAUGUCCUCCACAGCGUCCUGCAGCACUUUUUGCUUUCACAAGCGGUACAGGGUGUGAGGGGCGUUUCCUUGUCACGUCCUUCCUCGUGAUCGUAAAGGACAUCACUCUAGGUGAGUCUGACCUAUGCCUGGCGGCAUGUGCAGCUGGAUGUAGCUGAUGAUGGUCUCAGGAUAUAUGAAUAUCACCAGAGGGGGGUUUUUUGUUCCAGAUCGGCCUCUCUGUGGCCGAAGGAUUGCUGCUGAGCGAUCGCUGCAGAAUGGUCUUCACAGGUGGCUCAUGCGGCGAGCUGUUGUACAAGAAGCAUGUGUUGUAUGUGUGACAGUCUUGUAAGGGUGCUGGCCUGGGUUUGUUAUCAAGCCAGGACCACAGUCCAGUGAUGGCCGACCGACAGGGCCUCUCUUGCAUGGGGCCAAUCAGGAGGGCAGCAGACAGACAGACGCUGCUGUCCUGGAGUGUUAGGGAUGCCGAGAAGACUGUGCAGUCUUUCGCUAUCUCAAGGAAAGCUUGGAGAUCUCCAUGGUGGCACCUUUCAUACUCAGGUGAUGGGCGUGGUGCAUGCGUUCCUCUCGCAUUGGAGAGGGUGCAGACCUUACUAACUUAGGCCUAUCACUUGAAGAACGUGUGAAAUGAAUAUUCAGCUCUGUCUUAUAUUUGAUCUUCCUUUUUGGGGUGGUUGUCUUCUCACUUCAUUCAAUGACUGCUCAGCUGGCUGGGCUUGUGGGGUUUUGUGAGGCGCUCUAGAGGCCUGUUUGACAUGAUGUUUGGCACCAACUUCAGGCUGUCCAGGCAGCCGUGCUUAUUCAAAUACAUUUUACUUUUCAGAUUGCACAUAUUAAACCAAAGCUGCUUUUAGGAGGUGACACAUGACUGUGAAUGGGGUUCCGGAACAGCCAAGCUGUAAAUUUCCUUGCGAGAUU